AUGCCAUUCGAGAUUACGACACACACCAUAUCAGAAUGUGCCGCCAAAGGGGGCGAAUGUGACGAGGGCAAAGGGCGACCGGUGUGUGGCAGUGAUAACAAGACGUAUCCGACGCGCUGCCACCUGAUACGGGCCCAGUGCAGCGGGCACCAGGUUAGCUUCAAGCACCGCGGGUCCUGCAAAGAUGUUUGCAUCGCUUCGCGUACGUACGCCCUCCAGCAGCGGGCCAACUCGGCGUACACGGUUAAGUAUGUACCCCGGUGCCGGGAUGACGGAACCUAUGCGCCGGUCCAGUGCAUCGACGGCGGUGGCUGUUGGUGCGUGAACGGCCAGGGCAAGCAGCUGCCGAACACGAUGGUCCACCACGGCAAGCCGGUGUGCGUGAAGAAGGGCAAAUCGAACCAGCGCCGAUCGUCGCCCCGGAACCCGGUUCGCAACAAGCGCAGCUGCAGUGGGCUCGAUCGGGCCGUGUUUAACACGAACCUGCUGAAGCUGUUCCAGAACGAGCACGUUCGGGUCGUCCCCCUCAAUCUGACCACCACCACCGGGUCGGUCAACAACAACGAGCGCACGGUGCUGGACUGGAAGUUUUCCACGAUGGACGCGAAUGGGAACGGUUUGCUGGAUAAGACGGAGUACCGCACGAUGAAGCGGUUGAUCAAGAAGGUGGUUAAACCGAAGCGCUGUGGAAGAUCGUUCGGUAAAAACUGUGACGCCGACCAGGACGAACGACUGUCGCGUAACGAAUGGUACAACUGUUUGGCCAAAGACGACCUCACACAUCACAACCCAUCAUCACCGUCAUCAUCAUCGUCUAGUUCUUCUCCGGGUGGACACUAUGGGUCUAUCCUUCACCAUAUUCAUCAUCCUAGCGCAGUGUCGCUUGGUGGCGUGAUGCGUGGUGGUGGCGUCGGUGGAGGCAGCGGCGUCGAUGGCGGCGGCGGCGGCGGAAGCAGCAUUCGCGGUGGUGGUGGUCACUUUCUGCGAGCCGAUGACGACGACUCACAGAACAGCUCGAACGAUUUCACUGACUAUUACGAUGACUAUCAUUCAGAGAAUGAGUACGAUUCGGACGAACUGCCCGACAGUGAUAAUGCACUACUGAACGGAUUGCAGUUGCCGGUAAACGGAUUGCAGCCACAUCUGUUGCUGCAGGGUAAAACGAUGGUCGACCCGAAGGGUGACGAAGAUGCGAUCUUCAAGGAUAGUGAAGCGGACUCGGACUGCCUGAGCGAUCGCAAGUACGCACUCGAUGAGCAGAAGUACGGUACGAACACACUGUACGUGCCGGAGUGUACGGCCGACGGGCGGUACCAGCGGGUCCAGUGCUACCGAUCGACCGGUUACUGUUGGUGCGUGAACGAGGACACUGGCAAAAACAUUCCCGGCACGUCAACGAAGGACGAGAAGCCGGUGUGCGAUCAGUACGCUUCGUCCACGCGCCCCAUGAAGGGCUGCCCCGAGGAGAAGAAGAUCGAGUUCCUCAAGGAUCUGAAGGCGUUCCUCAGCAAGCAAGUGUCGACGUCCUUCGCCGGAAAAAUCGUGCCUGGGUGGAACACGGAGGAGGAAAAAAUUGCCAUCCUCAGCUUCGUCCUGCUGGACAAGAACCAAAACAAGCAGCUCGAGCGCAAGGAGUGGAAAGCCUUCCGGGAGCUGAUCACCGCCACGAGACAACUGCGUAAGUGCGGCAAGAAGAUGCCGCGCUACUGUGACGUCAACGGUGACCGCAAGAUCACCCUGUCCGAGUGGAUGAGCUGCUUGGAUGGUAAACGAAACAGUUCGGUCGAUGUGGCCGUCGCCAUGAGUGCCCCGUUGGUGCAGUCCGUGACCAAACCACCGACCGCUGCCAGUAGCAGUAGCGUUAGUAGCAGCAGCAGCCUCAGCAGCAAUAACUCACCAUCAGCAGGCACCAACUCCAAAUUUAAAGGCCGCAACCCGCUGGAGUUUGUGCUGAAGAGCGACUAAUAGGGGCCGACGGAGAACGAAACCGAGACUUAAAUUCCACACAUCAAAUAUCCUUUUUUUACGCAAACAACACACGCCCUCUUUCGUUCCGUGAAUCCGUGCCGUACCGUGCAGAUGACGGCGCAAUGUGCCAACGCGUUGGCGUUCUUUUAUUUCGCUUCUUCGUUUCAGUAUUCGGAGUUCCGGGAGAGUAGGCACAACCUCCAACCUCCUCGGGCUGGCCCGUUCCGUAGGGUCACGGCCAGCGCGUACGAAAGCGCGAAAUGCCCAGUGACAGGCACCCGGCGCAGUGCCGGUGAUGGUGGUGCAAGAACAGUAUUAGUAACACGCAGACACGCCGUAGUAGAGGAAACCGAUACCUUGCCACCGGCUGGCCAGGACUCCCGAACGCGCGCUCCUAAACCACUGCGACGCGCGUUUGCCGAUGUGCCGAUAUUGAAAUUUGCUAAAAGUGCGGGUGUGAUAUAUGUUAUUCAUUUCUAAUGUGUUUAUUGUUAAGUACUGUCCCCGCACGGAAACCUACGUAACACAAACUGUUUUCUCCUGCCCGAGGACCCCAAAACGCAAUGGCUUGCCAAUUUAAUAGACCCCGGCCCUUCCGCUCGGAACAUCCCUCCGCUAACCACGUAUCCGGCCCCGUGCCUGGCCAGCGGUCAACGAAUAUAUGUAUACGCCGUUUGUUUACUGCUGCUGCUGCUGCUUAUUUAUCUUAACUUGUUUCGGGGUUGCAUAUCAGGGAAGAGUGAAUGGAGAAUAGGUAUUUACGAGAACACCAACAGCGGAUCGGGAUGGAUGAAAGUAAAUUUAAAAAGUAGAAAAACCGAAACACGUUGCCGGUACGCUCCCGCCAGAGCAACGAGCGCAAUGCAUCACGUGUUGUGAGGUGGUUACAAUAGGAAAAUACAUCGUUUAAGGUGGUGCAACUCUCGUUAGGCUCCCACAU